AUGACAAAAGUUUCUGCUAGUGCUAGCGAUAAUAACAAAACAUGUUAUAAAAGACUAAGGAUAGAAGUUGAUCCCAGGAUUUGGGAAGAGAGGCAUGGACUUUACACAACAGGUGUAUCGUUUGAUACAGUACCUACAAUGUUGAUUGAAUCUGUUUAUGAUAGAGACGAUUAUGAUUUUAAAGGUAUUAAUUUCCCAUUUACUACGGAUUCAAAAAAUCAUCGUAUAUUGACUGCUACUGAUAUGAAUAUUUUAUCAACAAUGAAUAGUGAGGGAGAACCAUUUUUUAAAGAUCACGGUUUUCGUACCGCUAGAGAUCCUUAUCAUGGCGUAAAUUUUGAAGAUAUUUUUGUGAGAACCCCAGCUGGGAAAAUUAUUAGAAGAGAUUAUCCAAGCCAUACGGCAAUUGAUAAUGACGCUUUGUUAGUGAAUAGAUUACAUUGUUCAUAUUAUCAAUUAUGUGACACAUAUAAACAAAAAUUAUUAGAAAGGGUAAAUAAUUCACCUUCAAAAUAUUUUUUAUAUCCUGAUUUACUCUUUUUACAAAAUUAUAUCGGCAUGGAAAUGACUACAACACCAACAACGACUUUAGAGUCAUCGAAUUUAAAGUCUGCUUUCUCACCGAACUCAAAGAAAGGAAAACAUUUGGAGUACAAUAAAAAAAGACACAAGAAAGAAGUAUUAUCGAUGAAAUAUUGUAAUAAACCAACACAGAGAACGUUAUUAUGCCACAUUGAUGGAAGAAGGCACACUUGGGUAGCUUUAGAUUAUAUGUUACAAAUAUUAUCACAACCAAUGGAUCACUUAGUCAUAGUCACGAAUUUACCUGCAAUUAGAGAUAAUGAAUCCCUAUACAAAAGGAAACGAACUUUUCAAAACGAAAAUCAAUGGGCCCCUGGUUAUACACGUCAAGAUAUUGAUGAUACUGUUAAUAAUUUACAAGAUUAUAUUACUUUGCUGAUACCUCCAACAAGACCCGUUAAAAUUACUAUUGAGGUAGUUACAGGUAAGACAUUACCCAUUCUAGUUGAUGCAAUAGGGGUAUAUCAUCCGGAUUUGAUUAUAAGAGCAACCUUGAAACAUGAGAGAACGAAAUCAUUGGUCGGUUGGAAGACAUAUAAUUUAAAUGAUACUUUAACAGGAAGAUACCCAGUUCCAAUUUGUCUUGUCCCAGUGAAGAGAAUGUCAUAUUUUGAAUUACAAUUACAACAUCAGUUUGAAUUCCAGACUGACCAAUCAACUAUUCGAUAUAAAAAGAAACCAUUUGAAAUAUCACUCUCUAAAGGUGUCUUCGAUGGAAACGAUUCAUCAAUGGAUUCAUUAAUAAAAUCCUGUUCAAAAUUGGAAGUAUCUAAUAAAAAUAAACAUGAUAUAAUUACCUCAAAAAUUAGCCAUACCGAUGAAGAAAAUGAUGAAAUUGCAAUAUCUAGUGCAGACUCAAAGUCAUUCAAUUCUAGUGAGUUGGACAGCAAUAACAUUGAAUAUGAUUCCUCAUUUAAUGACCUUCUCAAUUUAGUGAAGCGAAAUAAAACUCAACUAAUUUCAAAACUUCAAACAAUCAACGAUGACAAUAAAAUUAGUGAAAUGGAUAAAAAGAUUUUAAAAUUGGAUACAAUUGUUGAAAAAUCUACUCAAUUAGCUAUUGAUAUAGAUAAUUCAUUUACUGCAAAUAAUGAUAGUUACAUAGAAAAUUUGAAAAAAGUUUUAACCGGUGGGCAUGAUAUGACAAAAGCAAAAUCAAUGACUGAAGAAUAUGGUGGUUCUGGUCGUCGUCAUUCCCACCCUCAGCAGACAGGUGACAAACUACAUUUUUCCAAUUCGACAAAGACAACAGAUGGUACCCAUGGACUUGGUAACUUAAGUAAUCAUUCAGGAUUGGAUUCUAAUAAAAUCAAAAGACUAUCAUUACCAGAAGAGACUCUCAGGAAAACCCACAGCGCUGGUGGGUUGAGAAAACAAAAAUCGAAUGAUUCCUCCAGGAGCCAACGAUCCACGAGAUCCAGUGGAUCUUUCGGUUCUAAAAAAGGAAUAAAAAAGAAAUCUAGUGGGUUUUUUUCGUUUAUGAAAUCGUCAUCUUCUGGUGCAGGUAAGGCUGAAAACGGAAGACGUUCAUCUGUUGAAAGUCAAAACAGUGGGAACGACGAAAUUGAUACCAGGAAAAAGUAUAAAAUGUUUGGUUUUAGCAAGUUCUAA